CACCGACUGAUUGGUGUCGGAGAUCUUGUGAUGUGCAUAUGGGUAUGGGGUCUGCCGUAUGACUUCCUGUCUGGACUUCUUGUCCCGGCCUUGGCCCGAGAACCACCCGUGGGCAACGUGUAUAGUGUCGAUAGGGUCUAGACGCAUUGGGCAGGUGUAUGUGUGCACAUAUCCGAGCAAGCUACCAAGAAACCUGGAGAAACGCGCCGUGCUUGAAACCACAUGGCGGAGCAUAUGCCCUUCUAUCCUAAGUGAGCCUUGGAAGUACCUCCUCGUAUCUUUUACCUUCUACUUGCGGGUUUUGUCGCCAUGUUUCAAGUCACUGGACCUAGAGAUUGACAAUGGCAUCAUCGAUGGCCUCAAUGGUGAUAAGAUGAAUAAGUGAUGAGUGUGAUUUGUGAAGAAGGGCAGACUGAUGAGUAUAUAAGUUGGUCGUGUGCCCAUCAAUUGUAAAUCAAGCCAACAUUUAUCGGUCUUCAGUCAAUCACUCAACGCCUGUCUCUCAUUACAAGAUUCAAAAUGCCUUCUAUUCGCAACAUCGCCCUUUUCCUCGGAGCUUUGCUUCCAGCUGCCCUUGCUGCACCUACCCAGAUGACAAAGAGGGAGGACAUCAUUGAGGGCAAGUUCAUCGUCACGCUUAAGCCCACUCUCGACUCGGUCGAGUCCCACUUGACCUGGGUCAACGAUGUGCACAAGCGCAGCCUGAAGCGUGACACUGCAGGUGUAGAGAAAACCUACGACAUGGAAUCUUGGAAGGGAUAUGCUGGUGAAUUCGACGAGGCCACUAUCGCGGCCAUCAAAGCCAGCCCAGAUGUUGAGCUCGUCGAGCCUGAUACCAUUGUCUACCUUCCCUACAUGCAGGACUCAGAGGAGCCCAAGCUUGAGAAGAAGGCUUUGGUAACCCAGUCCGGCUCGACCUGGGGUCUUGGUGCCAUUUCCCACAAGAGUGGCUCCUCCUCCAGCUAUGUCUACGAUAGCACUGCCGGCGCAGGAACCUACGCAUAUGUCGUCGAUACCGGUGUUUUGACUACUCACUCAGAGUUCGAGGGCCGUGCUACUUUCGGAUACAAUGCAGUUGGCGGUUCAAACUCUGAUACUCUGGGUCACGGAACCCAUGUUGCCGGAACCAUUGGAGGAAAGACUUACGGUGUGGCAAAGAAGACCAACAUUGUCGCUGUCAAGGUCUUCUCUGCAAACACUGGAACUACCUCCGUGAUCCUUGAUGGUUUCAACUGGGCCGUCAACGACAUCCGCAGCAAGGGCCGCGCGGGUGUUUCCGCUAUCAACCUGUCUCUCGGUGGUGGCUCUUCUUCCACUUGGACCAACGCUAUCCAGGCUGCUUACACCAACGGUGUUCUUUCGGUAGUGGCUGCUGGUAACGGAGAUGACCAAGGCCGUCCUCUUCCUGUUUCCCAGACCUCCCCCGCCAACGCUCCCAAUGCUUUGACUGUUGGUGCCUCGGACUCUUCCUUCAGAAUCGCUUCCUUCUCCAACUAUGGCGCCGGUGUCGAUGUCAUUGCCCCCGGUGUCAGCAUCCAGAGUGCUUGGUACACAGGUAACUCCGCCACCAACAGCAUCAGCGGUACCUCCAUGGCUACCCCCCACGUUGUUGGCCUUGCCCUCUAUCUCAAGGGUCUUGAGAGUGGUCUCACCACCCCUGCUGCCAUCACAAGCCGUAUCAAGGCUUUGGCUGUCACUGGCCGCAUCUCUGGCUCUCUCCAGGGCACCCCCAACACCUUCGUCUACAACGGCAACGGCGCUUAG